UAUCUUUGGCUUUCGCUUUAUGUCAGAGUCAACAGCAACUCUUUCCUCUCAAUAAUAGAGUUGGUAACCGGUAAUCACCGCUUCUCACUGCCUUCAAUUCGAACAAUAACUCAAUAACCCGUUGCACCUUUUUUCUUUUUCUUUUUCUUUUUUGUUGUUGUUGCUGCUUCUGAAAAAGUUGUAAACUUGCAAUCUCCGGCGUCGUUUUGAUAGGCUUCUGGAGGGGUAAGGACCCGCUCCUUUGUCUCUGUUCUCAGCCUUUUGCCAUUGAUUCCGAUUUAGACCCAUUUUUGUGAUUUGAUCCGCUUUCAUAAAUCUUAGGAUUCUGAAGGGGGAGGGUAUGGGGAAAUGGAAUUAGUGCAUUGGGGGGGCCUGAAUCUUUUCCUCUUUUCCUUCAAAAGAUUAUACCUUGUUGUUCAAAUUUGUUGUUAAUGCUUGUUUGGUGAAAUCAUCACACCAGGUAGCCUAUUUGUACAAAUAUGGCAGUGUUUUUGUGACAUUUGUAGGGUUUUAGGGGUUUAGUUUAUUUUUAAGCUUGAUUUGUUUUGCAUUCAUUCUCUUGUUCAAUAUCAAUAGCGAAAAUGUCAUCAGCCGGUGUCACUACUCUUAGUGUGGUUCCUACUGAGCCAUUGUUAUCACCAAAGGCAUUCCCUUUCCCAUCACACUUGUCUUUGGAAGAUAAAUCCAUUUUCAUAUACCUCUCCUUUUCGGGCUCAUUGACUCCAAUCCGUGUUAUGGAGUGGGAUACCAUCGAGUCUGUGAAAUUCAAAAUCCGAAGGUGUGAAAGCCUUCCAUUUUUAACAAACAAGCAGAAGUUGGUUUAUGCUGGCCGAGAGCUCGCGCGAAGUGAUUCGCUGCUCAAGGACUAUGGAGUAAGCGAUGGAAAUGUUUUGCAUUUGAUAAUCAAACUGUCGGAUCUUCAAGUCAUCAAUGUGAAAACUUCUUGUGGGAAGGAGUUCACAUUUCAGGUCGAACGAGGCAGGGAUGUUGGGUACAUAAAGCGACGCAUUGCCAAAAGGGAGAAACAAUUUGAUGAUCCUGAGCAGCAGGAACUUGUGUGCAAUGGGGAAAGGCUUGAGGACCAGAGGCUUAUUGAUGAUAUCUGCUGCAAACAUAAUGAUGCAGUGGUACAUCUGUUUGUUAGAAAAAAACAUGUUAAAGUUCAGAGGAGACCCCUUGAGUUGUCCAUUGUAGCAAGAGAUUUGAUUGAUAAGAAGAAAAAUGAUGUCAAUGGAAAUACUUUAAGGAGAAGUUGUGAUGUUGGUAAAGAAGAUACUAUUAGGAAGUCUAAUGCUAUUCAAAGAGCUGUGUGGAGAAGGGCCCCCGCUCGAGAUUUUAUUUUGGAGCCAGUUAUUAUUAACCCAAAAAUUGAAUUAGCUCCGGCUAUUUGGAAUAUGGUGAACUCCACAUAUGAUGGACUUGAUAGUGGAAACUAUCCAAUCAGAUCUGCAGAGGGUACAGGAGGAGCUUACUUUAUGCUUGAUUCGUUGGGGCAAAAGUAUGUGUCUGUUUUUAAGCCUAUAGAUGAAGAGCCAAUGGCUGUGAAUAACCCUCGAGGUCUUCCUUUGUCAAUAGAUGGUGAAGGCUUAAAAAAGGGUACAAGAGUUGGUCAAGGAGCAUUCAGGGAAGUUGCAGCCUAUGUUCUUGACCAUCCAUUGAGUGGGCGCCGCACAUUAUUUGGUGAUGAGAAGGGCUUCUCUGGUGUUCCUCCAACAUUGAUAGUUAAGUGCUUGCAUAAAGCAUUUAACUACCCUAAAGAAUUGACUCCUAAGAUUGGCUCCUUGCAAAUGUUCACAGAAAACAGUGGAAGUUGUGAAGAUAUGGGCCCCGGGGCUUUCCCAUUAAAGGAAGUACAUAAAAUUACUGUUUUGGACAUAAGACUGGCAAAUGCAGAUAGGCAUGCUGGGAAUAUUUUGCUCAGCACAGAGGAGGACAACAACCAAACUGUUUUGAUUCCAAUUGAUCAUGGAUACUGCUUGCCGACAAGCUUUGAAGAUUGUACCUUUGAGUGGCUUUACUGGCCCCAAGCUUACCAGCCAUACUCCCCAGAAACCAUUGAUUACGUAAAGUCGCUGGAUGCUGAAGAAGAUAUUGCCCUUUUAAAGUUUCAUGGAUGGGAUCUGCCAAUCGAAUGUGCCCGCACUCUUAGGAUCUCAACCAUGCUUUUGAAGAAAGGGGUAGAGAGAGGAUUGACCCCCUUUGACAUUGGAAGUCUAAUGUGCAGGGAAUCAUUAAACAAAAAUUCUGUGAUUGAAGAAAUAGUACAAGCAGCACUGGAUUCUGUUCUUCCUGGCACAAGUGAAGCUACAUUGCUGGAUGCUGUUUCCCAAAUCAUGGAUAUGCACAUUGAUGAGAUCGUCAGAUCUCGUUGAUAAUAGCAUUGAUUUCUUCAAUAGUAGCAGGUAUAUACAUGUCAUUGUGUAGUGUACAUAUGUUCACGUACAUAUGUAUAGGUCAAAUAAUUGGUUUUUUAAUUCAUGACAAAGGAAGUCUAUUUUCUUUGGUUGGAAUGUUAAACCAUUCUUAGCUUAACUUCCUAGGUUUUAUUCUUUUGGUAGUUUCCAGCCGAUGACAAAUUCUUUCAAGUUUGUUGUUGAUUUCUUUAUUAAAUUUGAAUUUUAGGGAUAGUAGACAAUCCCUGUCUCUAUUUGAAUUGUAGUUUGACAUUCUUGUCCUGUAGUGAGUGUUGUCUUGUUUCAACUAAAAGGUUGUGCUUGUUAGAAGUGUAAAAUUGGAAAUGUGGAAAAGUGUGUUCAACAGUGUUUGGAUAUAUAUACAAAAAAAUAAAAAGUGUUUGGGUACAGUAAAA